UUAUUUUGACCCGGAAGUACAUUUAUCUCUCUCGGCAACACGCGUGGAAGCCUGACAGGUCGUGUUUCAUCCUGCCCUGUAGGAUCUAAGAUGGGGAAGUCCAAACAAAAAGGAAACCACAAGAGUGACAAGAAGAAGAACAUCGCCAAGACAUGGAAGACAAAGCGCAGGACCAAAGACCUGGACCAGAUCCACACAGACAUGAAGCCUGAGACAGCAGCCAAACUUCUGCACCAGGACGUGGACUACGACGUGACAGGAUGCGCACAACACUACUGUUUACACUGCGCGAGAUAUUUUGUGGAUAUGAGAUCCUUGAAAGAGCACUUCAAAAGUAAAGUGCACAAAAGACGGUUGAAACAGCUCAGAGAGGAGCCCUACACCCAAGCAGAGGCAGAGAGAGCGGCAGGUAUGGGCUCCUACAUCCCCCCAAAAACUGUUGAAGUGAAGACACAGACUGUGGAAGAGGACAUGGACUGAGAGCCGCCCACGUUAACUCAUGGACUGAUAACUCAAUAAGAGAAGCAUUGACAAAAUGGAUAAUGCCCACGUGAUUUUCUGCUGUCACAAAUGCCAGGUGCAUUGUUAAAUGCCUUUUUGUGACAAAUAAUGUUUGUUUUUUCAGCCAGCUGUUAUGUAACUGGUUGUUUAACUUCUGGGUAUCACCAUUAUCUGGAAAGCCUUACCUUACACUGGGUAGUGUCAUGCAACAUGUACCUAUGUAAAUACUGAGUAUGUGUAGAAAUGUGUUGAAUGAUAAUAAACUAUAAAAUGGA